AUGAACUUCUUUGUAAUAUUUUCUCUUUUGACCUUCAGUGUCGUGCUGUGUUCGACGCCCAAGGAGUCCUCGCACUAUUCUAGAUAUGAAAGUGCAUGCCCUGGUAACGUGAACGAUGAGACCAAGACAUUUGGCGAGUUUGUGACAAAUGUUUUAACGGGAAACGACACCAUUAUUACUCUGUGCAAACCGGAGUAUUUCCAGAAUAUUGAUAGUAUUGAAUGUGGUGAGGAACAUAGCAAGUGUGUGAAAGCGGUGCAGGAGUUUAUGUGGAAUCGUUGCCACUGGAGAUUGUUGUUUAACAUGGCUCAGAAGAAUAACGCCACACUUACUCAUAUCCAAAGCUUCGAGAAUGGCGAACAGGCUUUGGCGAUUAUGAAUGCGAUGAAUGUCAAUGAAGGCAUUUACAAGUUUGCGACCCAUUGCGGACAUUGGAACUGGGGUUUGAUCGUUAUCGUGCUGGUUUCCGCUUUCUUUGGAUCUUACAUUAUCCUCUGGAUCGUCGGUGGUAUCAUGUAUGCGACCAAGAAGGAUCAUCCUGAGGAAGAGAAGAAGACUGAGAAGACUGAGAAGACUGAUUAAAACUACGUUGUACAUUUCGCUUUUU